GCCUACCCCGGGUGGCAACGUUGCAAUCAGCUGGAACUUUUGCCGCCGCGCUCUCCCUGAAACAUUGUGAUGCAAUUUUGUUGUUUUGAGGCCUACAAGUGAAAGUUUCCACUGAUAAGCAGCCGUGAAUUCAGCCUCCGCCCAAUAGCCGAGAAGACGAGAUUUCCCUCCGUGUUAGCCAGGCUACAAAUCAAUCGUUUGAGUCACCAGAAGCAGUUGAAUCCGCUGAACUCGCUCCGCAUUCCGAAGGGCGGCCGCACAUGGAGCGCAGGGUCAAAGCCGCGCCAGAAAUCAAAAAAGAUAGCGCCAGCCGAUGAGCGGCCUUCGAGGAGUGGGCGCGGAGGUCUAACCUCAAAGCACAAGCACAAUCCGCAGCAUCGGCACACAGAGAUUCCCGUUUUCCAUUCCCAUUCCCGCAGGAUUCUGAGGAUCCACAGAGGAGCUUCGUUCGCCGCAGGAUGCAGCGCAUCAUGCCGGCAUCCUGGACCAGCGGCAGCCUGCUGCCCUUCCGCGUCUCCACCACCACAAAGGUUGUCCUCUUCUCGCUGACCGCCGGUGUGGCCCUGAUGAGCGUACUCUCCCGCUUCCUCCGGCGCCGCAAGCCACCGCGUCCGCCCCGACGGGCCAGGAAGUACACCGGCAGGAGAAACCGCAACAGCAUGCGCAGUCCCAAUGACCUUAUCUCAAUAGCCGGGUCCAAGGCCUCGGCGAGAUCGGGCAGUCCCGUUGGCUCCACGAUAGCUUAUUCAGACCGCCUGUCCAUGGCCUCCGGUUCGAUUGGCGUUGGCUUGAUGAGCGUACAGAAUGCAGGUCCUGGACCUGGCUCGGUGGUCACCCAACUGACUGCCCAACAGCUGGGCAUGAUGGGCAUGGAGGCGCUGGACACGGUGAUCAACUUUUGGGAGGACGCCCUGGCGGCUCAUUAUUCGCCCGGUGGACUGCCCGCCCUGUUAACGACGGCGGAGGACUCUGAGUUCUGCCGCGAGAUCCAGAACCUCCUGGAGAUGGCCUACACGCUGCAGGAGCAGAGCGAACUGCUCUUCCUCGACCAGCGUUCGGUGCUGUUCCGCGAGGAGCAUUCCAUUGACGAGGCCGAGGAGGAGGCGGGUGAGACGGACGACGAUCGGCGGUCGCGUAAGUCCGGCAGCGUCUUAAGUCGAGCAGGUUCCGAUCCGAACUUUGAUUCCGCGGAGAGCUUUGCCUCCGCACUAGACCAGGUGGCGGAUCUGCGGGAGUUCGACGGCUUUAUCGAGACCUCGUACGAGGAGUAUCCGCUAUUCCAGACUGCCCUCAAGCACCACGAUGAGUACACGGUGCCGUGCCGCACUAUUCGGGCCGAGCUGAUGCACUGCAGCACUGACACGGAAUAUUUAGCCAAGCUCCACUGCGUCCGACUGGCCUUUCAGUUCCUGUUCAAGGAUCCCGCGGUGGGCCAGUGGAUCUGCGAUUCCGGCCGACAGAUCCUUACCGAUCUUCUUUGUCUGGGCGAUAAGGAUACCAAGGAGUUUCUCGUGGGCUACGAGGACAUGGUAAACUAUCUGCACGACAGCAACAACUGGCCGUGCAUCCAAAUGGAGCUGGAGCAGCGCAAUGUCAAGGCGAUGACCUUCUACGACAUCUGUCUGGACUUUAUCAUCCUGGAUUCGUUCAAGGACCUAGAUGCACCGCCCGCCAGCGUUACGGCAGUGGUGCAAAACCGCUGGCUGUCCAAUGGAUUCAAGGAGACGGCUUUAACCACAGCCGUGUGGUCGGUGCUGAAGGCAAAGAAGCGGAUGCUUAAGUUCCCCAACGGGUUCAUGUCGCACUUUUACGUGAUAUCCGAGCAGAUAUCGCCACUAAUGGCCUGGGGCUUCUUUGGACCCAACGAGAACCUGCGCGACAUCUGCCACUACUUCAGGGAGCAGCUGCUCGCCUUUCUGGGCGACAUCUUCAGCUUCCAGAAGAGCCGCUUCACCACCAUCGAGGAAUUCUCGCAGGACGUGCUGCAGCACAUGCAGACGCGCGUCAACAACAUUGGCGUGAAGUUUAGCCAGUAAACUUCUAAUCUUUAGCCUUUUACCCAUACUUCUUGGACUCCCUAUAACUUUUUUACAAACGCGUUUGGUUCGGUAGUUUCCCUAAGAAAUACUCCACAAGUUGACUAAUUUUAAAGCCACAUGCAUCCCAGCCACACGACACCAAAUCCACGCAUCGUCAUUGUAUGAAUAAGCUGCAUUUAAGUCGCCAAAACAUAUGUAAAAUAAAACUGUUUACCGCCCGCUCCGAGCAAAAAUCCA